AUGUCGAACGCUGAAUCCGCCAGCGCUUCGAACGCGCUGGUCCUGAAAGACUCCUCGCACAAUAAAGGCCAAGCCCACGUCUUUUCGGCCUUUGCAGCUAUUGCCUGCUACAAUGCUAUCGAACUCGUCGUCCUCUGCUUCACCACCUUCAAGCGAUACCAUGGCUGUUAUUUCUGGAGCUUGUUGGUCACCUCAUCCAGCAUCAUUCCGCACUGUAUUGGCUAUGUCUUCUUCAUAUUUCCUGUGGGGAUCUCUCCAUAUGUCUCUGUCUCUAUGAUCGUUGUGACCUGGUGCAUAAUAAUAACGGGGCAAUCUUUGGUCCUCUGGUCACGGUUGCAUCUGGUAGUCCAGAACAUAAAAGUCCUUCGAGCCGUCCUCGCUAUGAUCAUCACCGAUGCUGUUUUAUUCCACGUCCCCGUCAUCGUCCUCUUAUACGGAUCCAUAUCACCUCACCCCGAUGUCUUUGCUGCUGGAUAUAAUGUGAUGGAACGCAUCCAGCUCGUGGGCUUUUGUCUGCAGGAACUCAUCAUCUCCGGAAUAUACGUGUGGGAAACGUCCAAGAUGCUUCGACUCCGCACGGAGCGUCACCACCAGAAAAUUCUAUAUGAGCUACUCGUGAUCAACAUCAUCAUCCUCAUCUUGGAUAUCGCUGUAGUUGGGAUAGAAUAUGCUGGUUACUACGCUGUACAGGUCAUGUUCAAACCAGUUGCUUACAGCAUCAAACUCAAACUGGAGUACGCCAUUCUCGGCAAGCUGGUUGAGGUCGCCAAGGGGUCCUCCCACUCAGACCCAACUUCCAGUGGGCAGGGAUUCCAUCCUUUUGGCUCGGACCAUCGAGUUCACUCGAACAGCGGAGAGUGUACAUCUGAUCUCCGAGAGAUCCAGACUCCUCCUUCUAUCCUUGUCCAUUCCGAAUAUCCUCGCCACGACUCUCUGACUUGUUAA